AUGACGCCUCAACGCGCAUCAUCAUCUCCUAAUCCGUCGCCCGAGUCUCCGUCCCAAUUUUUUUUUCACGAUUCAUCUUCAGCUUCUUCUUCUUUUGCAGCUCCUCUUUCAAGUUUUUCAUUUCAACAACCUUUAUCUUCAUCUAGUUCAACUGCCAUUUUAAAACAAGAUUCAACGUUUAAUUUAGCAGCAACUUCUCCGCUUACUUCUGGCCAACUAUAUUCAUAUUUUUCUUCAGAUCCUGCUGUUAUCAAUUUUCAUAAUAACCAUCAUCAUCAUCAUCCUAAUCAUAAUCAAUCUUUCUCUUCAUCAUCAUCAUCAUCUUCUUCUUCUUCUUCUUCUUCCUCCAUUACUGCUCUUUCACCAGCUUCUUCUUUAACUUCUUCAGUUUCUUCAUCUUGUUCAAAUUUUAUUGACAGUUCAUCUCCUCUAAACUUUUCAGAAUUUGCUUUAUCUCCACUCUUUGUUUCCAACACUCCAGGACCUUCUUCUUCGUCAUCCUCCUCUACAACACCCUCUGCUUGUUCUUCUAUUACUACAGCAAAUACUACAGCCAAUACAACAACAGCAACAACACCACCACCACCACCACAAAGUUUUUGCACCCAAUUGCAAUUGGCGCACCCCGCACCAAACCAACAGCAAAACAACAACCACCACCACCAACAACAACAACAACAACAACCACCCCCUCAAUCAAACAGCAACGGCUUCUCUCCACAACCCCUCUCUCCACCGUUGUCUCAUAAAAUAAGCAUGACCCCCGCCUAUCCUGAUUCAGCCCCGCUUAAAAUGCUCUCGCCAGGGCAUUCCGCAACGGUUUCUUCGGGAUCUUCUACAACUACUACCACCACCACUACUACAACUACCACCACUGUGUCUUCAUCCAAUAACAAGAAUCAUAACACAACUACAACUGUCCAUCUCACAGGUGCUACUCCUCCAUCUUCUUCAUCAACAUCUUCCCCAUCCAUAGAUAACCAACAACAACAACAACAACAACAACAACAACAACAACUAAAUGACCAAGCAUCUUCAGACGCAUCUCUGCAACCACGACAACGCUCCCGCAACGGAUGCUUUACUUGUCGGCGGCGCAAGAAACGGUGCGAUGAAGCAAGACCUGUAUGCAAGGCCUGUGUUCGUCUCAAGCUUGAAUGUGUUUAUCCCAUUCCUGGUCAAGAGCGUAAAAACAAAAAGCGUAAGGCCAAAGAUGCCCUAGACAGAGCUGAUGAUGAUGAUAUUGGCGAUGAAGAAAUAGGUGCUUGCACGUCAGGAGCUCCUGGUGAUGACGACCGAGAGGAGUUUGAGGAGCUACCGACGGAGCAUAGUAGCUGCAAUAACAGCAAUAAUAGCAACAGCAACAAUAACAAUAAUACUAAUAACGAUAAGGCGACUGCAAAACCUUCUGAUACGAAAAUAACAACAAUCAACAACAACACAGCCAACCCACCCACAGAAGAUAUCACAGCUGGUCAAGCUAAAAAGCGCAGGAAAAAAGUUGCUCGCCGGCCUGUGGACAUUGUUGCCAGCUUGACUACGUUCCCGGAAAUUGAAAAUGACAUUUUAUCAUCGUUACGCACCAUGGCUGCUCGGGAGAAACAAGUGGCCCAAGAACAUCAUUUAGGAUCUGCAACAAGCACAAACGUUGGCAUUAACAACAACAUCAACAACAAUAACAGCAACAGCCUUGACGAUGGUCAGAGCUUAUCGAACAUGUCGCGUGGACCCGACGGCCCACAGCCCAGAAGUUCCACGUCUUGCGUUAGCAGUGCUAACAACAGCACCACAAGGCCAGUAGCCCAAAGCGGCAAUGGUAGCGGCAGUGGUAUCCGGGCAACCGCCAACGGCUUAUCGGGGGAGGUGGGUGACCGGGGGCUUUUGCUAUCAACGGCCAAUCAGACGUGCAGCCAAGGGUGCAGUGACCAGGCCAGCCUUAUCAACGGUAAUCAUGGAAGCCUUAGCGAAAACAAUGCUAAUGCGACAGCAACAGCAAUUACAACUGCUGCUGCUGCUGCUGUUGCUGCUGCUGGGAAUGGCAGUAGUAAUACUGGAUUUGAUGGCAGUACUUUUAAUAGAAACCCCUUUAGAAGAAGAAGAAGCUUGACUAGAACAUUUCGGGGAGAUAAUGAUAUCGGAUCAAGUGGAAUUCCAAAUGUUCCGAAUCCCACCGCUUCUUCUUCUUCCUCAACAAUGUGUCUUGGCGACAGACCGUCAAGAUUAUUGUCAACAGCAACAACAGCAACAACAGCUUCUUCCUCUACUAAUACUAGAUUCCCAGGGCUAGGGCUAGGGCAAGGGCAGGGAGAACCGUCUCCGGCGUGCGGCUCAUCCUUUAGUGGUAGCCUAGCCGAGCUGCUCAACUCAAAUACCCCUGCAGCCGCAUCACAUAUCUCAAGCGACACGGGCCCGGCAAUGGGACCUCCCAGCAGUACCAACGCAAGCUUUGGGGGAGGUACCUUUAACAACAAUGGAAUUCUCAAUUCUUCAGCAACUACCAUUUCUGGUAACCCCCCGAUUAACCUUCUAUAUCCGGUAAUGGACUCUUCUUCAGCAGGUCUUGCCAUGGCCGCAAUGGGUGUUGCUCGAAGCCCGUCUCCGGCCCCGUUUGGAAUUCGCACGCUGCACAGCAUGCUUGCGUCGCCGUCAUUUGCCGGACGAUCUCCUCGGAUUGAGGAGCUGUGCAAUGAUGAUGAUGAAGAAGAAGAAGAAGAAGAAGGUAAUGCUGAUGAAGAAGAAGGUGGUGAAGCUGGUGAAGCUGGUGAUGACCAUAAUGACAAUAAUAAUAAUAACCAAUCACCAGAUCAUGAUAACAGAAACAAUAACGACAACGAUAACAACGAAUCAGAAGAGGUAAAUAAUGUGGGGACCACUAUGGCCGAUUUUGAAGAAUACGAUUUUGGAGGAAUGCGCACCUCAGAUCUUUUUAAUGCUUUGAGCCAUGAAAACAAUAACAAUAACAACAACAAUAAUAAUAACCCGCUGGCGGGUCUUGCAACGGCUGGAGCUUCGGUCGGGUCUUCGGCCAUUGCCAGCCCAAGCACGAUCCUUACCAAUUUCCCCUCGUUACCAUCAUCACCAGGUCCUAUUUUGUUUUCGACUCCUACACCAUGGUACUCCAUGUAUUUGGACCAUUUUGGAAUUGAAAUGUUCUCAUACUAUAAUAACCAUCUGGCAAACAUGAUUUGCGUAUCGUCCAAAAUGAACUCUUUUAUCAAUGUGUUUGUGCCAAUGGCCCAACAGGACCCCUCAGUACUAUAUGCACUGGUUGCGUAUGCAUCGUUCCACCACAAUAUGGGGCGCUACGAAGAUAUUGGACUCAAGUACCUGAACAAGGCCAUCAAAAUGGUCCGAAACGACAUCUCCAAGCAUAACCUUACUACCCUUGCGUGCAUUCUCAUCAUCACAACGGCUGAGAUUUGUAAGGGUGACAUGGUACAUUGGAACAAGCACCUGUCUGCAGCUGCAGAUGUGAUCCAAAUGCGCGGCGGAAUUGAGGCCUUUACCCAUGAUCCCACCAAGCGGUGGCUUGCAACCAACUUUGUGUACCACGACCUACUUGCGGCGUCCAAGUACGAGUCUAAGUCACAUUUUGAACCCAAGGAUGUGGAACUGGUUAUGCGAAUGGACACUGGCGUGCAUUCCCUUAUUGGCUGCUGCAAGCCUCUCUUUUCGUUGUUGGCUGAGGUUUCCGAUUUAGCUGUGGAGGCUCAGGAAGUUUAUUCUCUUAUCACCAACCCAUAUCUGGAUGAUUGCUAUGAAAAUGAAAAUGACGGAGGUGAGGCCUCCGACAAGCCUCACGGUUCUGGACAAGCUUCUUCUUCUUCUUCUUCUGCUUCUGCUUCUGCCUCUUCUUCUUCUUCUUCUUCAGGAACUCGAUACCCCCUCAAAACCAUGUUGUCUUCACAGCGCAAGAUCUCGGAAAAAAUCCGAUAUCUAUACCAUCGGUUAGACUUGCUGGAGGCCAAAAUUGAUGACUGCAAGCCGGACCCCAAUGACGUGUUGUCGUUAUCUAAGUCGUCACCAUGCGAUUUGGAGCAACAAUUGACAUUAUUUGAGACGUUUCAGCUAGGGACAAAGCUUCACUUAUACCAAUCAAUUGGGCGGUGCAAUGCGGCGUCUUUACAGAUGCAAGUGCUUGCCAAUGAGUUAACAACGUCGCUGGAAGUUGUACUCAACACCAAGGUUGAGGGCUCGUUAUUAUUCCCGUUAUUUAUGGCGUGUAUUAUGGCGAUUACAGACAAGCAGCGUGCGCGCAUGGUUGCUCUUAUUGAGGGCUUUUACCAGAGACAAUUGGCACGUAACAUUGUGCGGGCGUUGGAUUUGGCUAAAGAGGUAUGGAAACUUGAUAUGGGAGGAACCAAAUAUGUCAAUUGGUACAAGGUUCUUGAGCAAAAUGGAUGGGACAUUUGUUUUUCGUAA